AGUCACCACUGGGGUUUUUAUUUUUUGCUAAACAAACUGAAAAAUUUGAAAAAAAAAAGUUUUUUCUUAGGUUCUGUUAUAAAAUUAAAGAAAUUUUUCUCCUUCACUGAUGUGCGCUAAUGAGGCUGCAGUGAUGGGCACUGAUAGGCGGCACUGAUGAGGAAGCACUGUUAGGCGGCACUGAUGGGCACUGAUAGGCGGCACUGACAGGUGGCAUUGAUGGUCACUGACAGG